AUGUCGGAAUUACAUUUCGCGAUCCUGUCUGUAAAUGGAAUGACUUGCCAGUCGUGCGUGAAGCUAAUUGACAGUGUACUGAGAAGCAAAGCCAAUGUUAUUGAAGUACAGGUUUCACUUGAAAAUCACCGCGCGCUACUUGCCUAUCGUCCUGACAAAACCGUGAACGCACAAACUCUCGCAGAUUAUGUGAACGAACUGGGUUUUCAUUCCGUACCCUUGGAUCCGGCGGCUACAUACCCAGAGCUAGCAACCGGCAAUCUUUCCACUCCACUCUCUCAUCUUCUAGUUCCAUCUCCGGUUGGAGCCGAGUAUCGGAAGCAGACGUUGUCUAUCCUUCAUCAUAUUCCUGGUGUUUUUAUUGUAUCGGAAGAUGUAUCGAACGGAUGCUUUGGUGUAUACUACCUGCAUGCCAUCACUCCCGAGUCAUACCUCAGAGAUACCAUCAUUCGCCUGGGACCGGGAUCGCAAAAUCAAACAACGAGCACUGGUCUCCAUUUGCCCCACACUCCAGCCUGCAGUACUGGUAUCAGUGGUGUGCCUUCAGUGUAUUCACACCCUCUUUCUAAUGCAUUAACGACUGUUGCGGACGGGUACUCGCAGAAUCCUCCGUUUGAGGAGAGGACGUCUUUCGCUUUCCUCCUGGUUGCCACCAAUCGAUUAACUCCGCACUCGGACGCAGUGGAGUACAUCCACUCGUGUACAUCGGGGUAUCCAUCUGUUGUUGGCUGCGCUGUGGUUGCUUCAUCUGAGAUUGGCACACACGUUAUACAACUUCACUUUUCGGAAAAUCACCCAGAUUCGGAGCACAAUAUUGUCAGACAAGUUUCAGAUAGGUUGACACGUUUCGGUCUUCCUUCUGCCCGAAUUUCAGUCACAGAUGUCGAUGGAGGCGCUGCACUGGAUAUCCUCAUUUCAGUGUACGGCAUGCAUUGCAAUUCAUGUGUACGCAAAAUUGAGUCACACUUCAACUCUCUCCUACACCCCGCUGGGGCACAAAAAAUCUUAGGACUAACUGACUGCCGCGUCUCUCUGUCCGAUGAACUUGUCCGCUUCAGAGUGGUGCCUUUCGAAGGUGCAGCUCCAACUCCGUAUCGGAAUUUCGUGAACGAUUUGACCAAGGGGCCGCUAUCGGCCAUCAUGAUGCAGACUCUCGCUUCGAUCGAUGUGACCAGGCUCCACGUGGAACUUUUCAAUCUUGGCUUUCGACAGGUACCCAUAGAAGUUUGUCUCGCUGAUCUCACGUCCACACUGGAAAACCGACUUGGACGCCACACACCUACGGACCAGUCCUCGGGACCCCAUGCUUCUCCAGCAGAUGAAGUUACCAAACGCACCUCCGCCUCACCCUUACUUGCUUCCAUUCCUCUUGAAGCCAAGAGUUCUUUGCCGAGUCCUGACUUUCGUUUGCGCAAUAAGGAUACGGUACUUGGCAACCAAAUCGCGAGAUCAAAGGAUGUAUCGGAACGGCGAUGUUUUCUGCAUAUCACUGGCAUGACAUGCAGUUCUUGUGUCCACCUCAUCGAACAAAAGUUGAUGAAGAUAAAAGGAAUCCAAUCUGUGCUGGUCUCACUCAUCGCAAUGAAAGGGGAAGUGGUCUAUAAUCCGUCGUUUGUCGGCACCGCUCAAAUUGUUCGCUGGAUCGAAGAGCUGGGAUUUGGUGCCAAGUUGUUAGAUCACUCGGGUGAUGCUACUGGUGUUGGAGAUCGAGCAGUGCUCCAUCUUAUGAUUGCAGGAAUUAAGGGGCAGAAUGUUGCAACCGAAUUAGAAUCUUGCCUGAACUCCGAGCAAGGCAUACAAAGCUGUGUGAUCUCGCACUCUACCAAUCAAGCCCGCAUCACCUACAACCCCAGCCUCAUCGGCGCCCGUGAUAUUGUCAAGCGGAUAGAAACUCUGGGUUAUCAUGUUGAAGUUCAACAUGCGGAGCUCCGACAUUUCGAUGGACUCAACGACAGAAACAGAUGGCGCAAUUCAUUCAUCUUCAGCCUUUUCUUCGCCACUCCUACCAUGCUGAUUAUGGUCAUCUUCAUGAUCCUUUGGCCACAUUCUGUGCACGAAGGUUGUCCCGCGUACUUUCGCAAUCCCACUCCACACGAGGACACUGCUAUUAACCACAGUAGUCUCCAGCCUUCCCCAGUUAUGCCGUAUCCACCCGAUUCCGCGUCUCAUCGUGAAUAUUCUCAGCCCAUGCUUCUGCCUGGUUUGUCGCUGGAGAAUUUUCUCCUGUUUUUGCUAGCGACUCCAAUACAAGCGCGUCAACAAAAUGCACAGGAGGAUAAUUUCACCCUUCCUGAUUACUUGUCGCCAAGUCGCUUUUUGUACUUGUUGGCCAGUGCUGAAUCCACCGUGAAGCACCCAAUAUCACGAGCCAUCGUCACGCUGGUGCAAACUUUGCGACGUGCCGAUCCGCAACAGACGAAUCUUAUCUCAUCCAUCGAAUCCCUGUUGGAGCUGACACCGGUGGAGCGCACGGUAUUGAACCAUGCACUCCCUGAUACAAAUUACGUGUCAAAAUAUUCUUCCGAUGUCGACCGGCUUCCAAAGCCAGAAGCAUUUCACAAGGGACUUGGCGACGCAUUCGCUUCAGCGUACCGGAUGGACUUCGCUUCCGUCACCGAAGCUAUGUCUGUCGCAGGUAUGGGACUUCAAUGUAAAGUUUCUUUAGUUCCUGGUGAUUGUCAGCCUGGUCCGCAUUUACCUCGGCCAUUAGGUCCAGUAACCGUCUUCCGAUCGACCAAUGACAAUAAGUCUUAUCCUGGUGCAACCGCCUCUGAAAUUGAUGUAUCUGCUGCGCUGAAGAUGCGGCUAGAUUACGCAACUUGUUUGUGGCCAGAUACACUCAAUCGUGAUGGAACGGAGGAGAACGCAACACGUAGUGCUUCGGAUAUUCUGAAUCUGCUUCAGCCGGAUGGUUUACUCAACGGUGGUCCAACAAUCUACGCGCAUGCAUUUGCUUGGGCAGAUGUGAGGAAGAGCGGCACAUAUACCGUGCAUGUCGGCAAUCGGGAUUGGCUGCUUCAUCACGGCGUGUCAUUCCCCUCUAUGGUUUCCCGCAUUUAUUCUGAGCACGGUCGGGCCUACUCGUUUGCAGAUGUCGGACCGCACACCGUUGAGUCGCUGAUAGCCGCUGAUGAGGGUCGUGGCCAAACGGUCGUGUUGGUUGGUGUGAACCACCGACUGGUUGGUCUCGUGAGCAUUGAAGACCCCGUGAAGCCAGAGGCUGCGUUAGUUGUCACAGCGUUACGGCAUCGCGGUGUGCACGUCAGCCUAUUGACGGGGGACAACUGCCGUACAGCAGCCGCUAUCGCCAGACAAGUUGGUAUCCGCGAGGUGUACGCCGAUGUGUUACCUGCGCACAAGGCCAAUGUGGUCAGACGAUUGCAAAAUGUUGGGAUGAAAAGUUCCCGACUAGGAAACAGUGACAGGUCGGCGGCGUCCGUCAGGACUGCUACUCGGAACAUGGAAAGCACAAAGUUGAAUGGCAUUGGGGUUCACGUCGACUCUGAAGCCGAUUUUUCCAACGACGACCUUAUGGCAAACAGCGCAGAGCUCGAACUGGCCGGUCUGAAAUCAGGUGACGCCGAGCGAACCGUCCAACUACCCACCUGUUGUCUUGGAUCACGCUCCUGUUGUGAAUUUCAAGGUCUCGGAUCUGCGGGCUCAUCAGAGUGGCUGUGGAAAAAACGCUCUGCACUACGUCGACGCCGAUUGGAGCGCGAGCAAAGGCGAGUUCGCCGCAGGAAAAUGGAGAUGAACGCUCGGGUCAAACGACAGUACGUUGCUAUGGUUGGUGACGGUGUCAACGACAGUCCAUCUCUUGCUCAGGCUGACGUCGGCAUAGCAAUCGGUUGUGGCGCUGACGUGGCAGUCGAGGCUGCCGAUGUAGUUCUGGUCCGCGAUUCCCUUGUGGACGUGAUCGGAGCGAUGGAUUUGUCAAAGGCAACCGUUCGCCGUAUACGCUGGAACUUCAUCGCAGCCACUAUUUACAACAUGCUCGCAAUCCCGAUCGCUGCAGAGCACCACGGUGCCUCAUCAUAAAAAUUGACCUGCGCGAAUUUUGGGUCGAUGACUUUGACGCUUAUUUAUCCAGGUUGCUUGCUGCCACUCGGGAUCGAAUUAUCUCCUUGGAUGGCCUCAGCGGCGAUGGCUGCAUCAUCUGUCUCUGUGAUAUGCCUCUCUCUGCUCCUGCGACGAUGGACCAAGCCAACAGAAGCUUCCUUAGUCUGUCCGGAAUAUGUGGAGCUAUUGAAGAACUCUGGUUUGGAUCGCAGCCAGGUCCGUGUGUUACAAAGCCGAGAAUUAACAAUGUCAACCACUCUUCAUGGUCAGAAACCACAGACAAAGCCACCGAAGAAAAACCUCCACAUCGGCUUCACUAAGCGCGAAAGCGCUGCCAGACGCUCCGCUCACGAAUUGGACAGUCAAAAUCUUCUGGAGCACACUGGACACAGCGUUGACUCCGAUGGAGAGGAAGUGUUGUUCUCCAACGAGUGCAUUCGAUCAUAGUCUCCAUGGAACAUUCAAGAACACUUCGAAUUACCCCAUUCCCUUCCAAACAGCUUCAUCUGGGCCAUUCGUAACCUUCAACUAUAGUACUUCGUCUGUGAUGUCUUGAUUACACUCCCUCUCCCUCGGUCUAUCCCAUCCGGCAUUAUCUGUCCCAUCCAUGUUUACUACAAAGCGCUGCUGCCAGUUUCACAGCCGCUCGGAGAGCAGUGAUGAGAACAACGCAAAGACGAUCUACGGCGGCUCAUUACGCAACGGUCACAAUUCUCCAUUGCCCUUCUGUACAUUAUAGUAAACAUGCCAAUCAACACCAUAGGCAUUCUCCUUAUUUGUGUAAAGCCAACCCCCAGAUUAUAAUAGUUUUUUUCUUAUCUCAUU